AUGAAUUGUCAUACUGUGUUUUUGAUAGAUGUAGUUACCUCUGAACUAAUUAAAGAUGCAUCUUUUAUUAGGUCUGAAGAGUCUCAAGGAAAGCCUUUAGUUUUGGAAGAAUUGGCUUCCUUAGAAAAAGUUCCUGACAGGAUGCCAAAUGUAUAUAUUACUGGAUUGAUUGUUUUAAUCCUCACGGUGACUCCACCCACAAUCGAAGCACAAGCUUCUUUAUCAGAACUUAUAAUCGCAAUAAUAAUAAUCGGGUUUAGAACUGGAGGAAUAAAGACAAAUACUGUUACUAUAGCUGCAGAUCAAUUUUCUCAUAAAGAUCCUUAUGUCAAAACUUUGAAAUCUGAAAAAAAGUUAUUGUUAAUCCAGAACUCACCAUCUCAUCAAUGUUCCAUUGCAAUCUUUCUCAUUUCGAUAUUAAUCUUUGUAUUUGGAAAAAAUAUAUAUGUUAAAGUACUACCACAUAGUUCAGCAUUAUUGGAUUUGUUCAACGUUUUGCGUAUUGCUUUUAAACAUGGUAGAAAUCUUGAUAAUACAAAACCAUUAAAUGUUUUAUCUGACAUUGCAAAACAAUAUAAAAUCAAAUGGGAUGAUAAAUUUGUGGAUCAAAUACGAGCUUCAAUUAGGGCUUAUAGAGAUAUUCUAGGAUAUCCAAUCUUUUGGGUUUGUUUUAUGCAAAUUUAUAAUAAUUUAAUAUCUCAGGCUGCUACAAUGACAGUUAAUUUCAUACCAAAUGAUAUGAUUUAUCCUGCCUUGAGACGAAUUAAUAUCAAUUCUCGUCCUAUGACAUGUAUCUUGAUUGGUUUCGUAGUAAUCACUUCUGCAAUGUUAUAUUCAGCAAUUAUUCAAUAUUUAAUUUAUAAUACAGGUCCAUGUUAUGAGAAAACUCAUUGUAUAAUCGAUGAUAAACUAGUUCCGAAUAAUAUUAGUGUUUGGUGGCAGGCUCCUGCACCAUUACGACUUAAAUCUACAAUAACAGAUUUAUACUUAAUGACUUUAGCUGCUGGAUCCGUACUAGAUUUUGUUUUUGUUCCGUUAUCAAAAGAUCCUUAUCUAGUCUGGUUAUAUAGAACUUUUGCCAAAGUUGCACUGAUUACUGGAAUAAUUAUAUUUAUAUUUUUGAGAGAUUUCAAUAUUGAAGAAAAUCUGUUCGAAGAAAUUAUUUAA